AUGGGGCCUAAGAAGACCGUGAAGGCUCUUCAUGCCGAAGAAGAUGGAUUUGACUUACCUGAGGAAGCUCCAAGGGAUGAGUCAGAGGGAAACUUAGCCGAGGCCCAUGCAAGUGCCCGUGGGCGGGGUCGGGGAGGCAAGAAAGGUGGCGGCCGUGGUCGGUCCAAGGCUACCGGUGAGACAAAGAAGCGACAGCCUGUGACAUGUUGCAUUGUCCCAGGAUGCACGUACCCGAAGUAUCCCGGCUGCCGAUUCUGUAGCUUGGGCGAUCACAAGAAGGCUUUUGACAACCUCAUGUACCAGCGCAGAAGCCGAAAGGACAUAACGCAGGAGCAAAAGGAUGCCUUUGACGAAACGAUGCAGGACGACGGGCUUGCAGGCCGUGAGGUGCACCAGUUUGCGAUGGACAAUCCUCCGGAACUUAAAAAGAAGGGCUUGGUGGAUUUUGCAAAGUUCGUCCGCAUUCGUGGUGAGAGGCUUGCCACGGUUGACCAGAAUGGCUGCAGGCCAUUCACAGAGAGAGCCUGGUACAAAUACGCAGAAAACGUCGAGGGCCUUUCAGAGCAGGAAGCCCAGGAGCAGUGGAAGACUUUCUACGCAGACCGCAGCCUCAAGCGCGACAAUAUGGGAUUCCACGGGGCGGAGCGCUUGUGGCUGCCUGUUCAUGAGCUAGACUUCAAGGAACGGAGCCACUACGUGGAUAACCAAGUCCAUGAGUUUUCUGGCGACCUCCGUGCCCCAGCCGCUGCAGAGCGCCAGAUGCUGAAGGACGGUAAGCAUGUUUGUGCUGUUUGCGGGGAGUUUGCAGUUUGCAGAAACUCAUCGCUGCAGGACCACCUCAAGCGGCAAGACCUGAGCUUCGACGAUGAGCAUUUCAGCAGGUCAGCAAUGCAGAUGGAGGACUUGGCCAAGGGGCCACCUACAACUCCCCACAAAAAAGACUCCAAGGGCAAGAUGAAAGAUGAAGAUGAGCUCACGCCGGAAAAGGUCGCCAGCCUGAAUCCAACUCGUGAAGGCCCCAUUCUGCACCGCAGCAUGGAGAGCUCCAGGAAGAAGAUCGUCCAAGACUUUAAGAAGUGUGACCUUGUCGCGAAGAAGGCCAUGGACACUUUCAAGGAGCACCCGACCGAGCUGAAGGCUGCAGACAGGGCCUUGCUCAGCUUUGCCCGGACACUCCAGUUCCGAUUUGAGACAGGUUGCAGAUGCCAGGGUCAGGCCAAGGACAUUCAACAGAUGGUCCCGGACGCUUCCAUGUGUGCCGUGGGUCCAUCUGUGUCUGCUUCCGUUGGAUCUGAUUCGGCAGCGGCAGCGCCGCCUUCCCCCAGCAGCACGGCAGCCAAGAGUCAGGUCGUGACAGCAGAACAGUUGGCUGCUCGACAGGCGAUGUCCUUUCGUGAUUUCCUAGCAGAGGUCCGCACUCAGAAGCACAAGUUCUGGGAUGGGAACGUGGCGGAUUUGCCAACUCUUGAGGAAGUGGAGGAGAUGCAAGACAAAGCCCUCACGGAAAGGGAUCCGUUGGAGUUCGCCAAGCUCAAGAAGGAGUGGGCUCUCAAGGAGAAGAUCUUGCAGUGCAUUCCCAAAGCCAUCAAGCAAGCCGCUGACGACAUCAGCAAGCACAUGAAGGUCAAGGUUACAGAGAACAACCGAGAAAAGAGGAGGCGUGAUGAGCAAACAUCCAAAGAUGCUUUGCGAAAGAUCCGGGAGGAUGCCCAGGCGGCAGCAGAUCAGGUGAAGAGGCGCAAGACUGAGGGCAAGAAGGCGCAGGCCCUCUUCACCAUCACGUUGCCGGUUGAAACAGUUCCGCAAGUGCCCAUGUUGACAGACACAUGCAAAAGCGGUGACCAUUGGAAGAGCCCAUGGAUGAUGAGUGGUGGCGAGGACCUUGCUGCGUGCCUGGGAGAUUCAGCUUUGCAGAGGGCGUUGAGUUCUUGGGGGUCGCAGUACAAGCGGGCCAUGUCCAAUGCGAAGUUGACCCAAGCAAGCUUGCCCAUGGACGACAAGCAGGGUCGGCCCAGUUUCAAUGCCUAUAUCGAGAAGCUGCUUCCACGCUCUGAGGUGCCUGACAUCUCCGAGGUGGCGGGUGGAAAGGGAUUCAUGGACGCCACAUGGCUUUUCGGGCUUGCUAUGGACAACACCUGCGCAGGCUUCAUUCCGAAUCACGCAAGCACUUUUCGUGUUUUGGUUGUUGGUGAAGUCCGUUUUUUCAUUAUUGAGUGGUGUUCACUUUCCAGUGUCAUGCUCCAGAACGAGCCGGAGCCCAAGCCGAACCCGGAAGCACUCUUGACAAAGCUCCAAACCCUUGACGAGACGGCGUUGACUGAGAUUCUGAAGCAAGGAAUCAAUUCCAGGCAGUGCGUUCUCAAGGCAAAGCAGGUGCUUUUCAUUCCGGCUGGAUGGUUGGUGGUGGAGGCUGCUGUGCCCCAAGGGGAGCACAUCUACGGGCUUCGCAAGAAUGUGUUUCUGAAGUCCAGCGCAAACAAGUAUGAAGAGGGCAUCAAGAUCACCCAGGCAUCCGGCAACUCCGAGUCUGCCUGUGAGCGAAUGCGCAAAGUUCUGGAGAUCUUGAAGAAGUGA